AUGGACGAUUGGCCGCUGGCCGUCACGAUACUCGCGGACGUGCGUGACUACUUCGAGAAGGGCGUGCAUCCGAUGGUGUGGGCGGCGCUGGGCGUUGCCGCAUGGCACGUCAUUACGCCCGUGUUGAACGUGUUGUGGGUGUUUGGGGCCUCGGUGCGCGAGACUGGGCUCGUACUCUACUUCUUCGGGUUCACCUGCGUCGACAGGUACAUGUCGGCGAUAAGGAGCUCGCGUGUCCCAGGGCUGGAAGCGUCGGAAUACGCGUGGGCUGCGCUAUCUCUACUGGUGGUGGUGCCGAUUGCUGUGCUGCGGGAGCACGAGCAGCUUUUCGGCAUGGUCGGGGAAAUGUGGCAUGCUUGGUGUGUGGCGAUACAUCAAACUGUGUUCUUGUUCCUGCCGGAUGCAGGACAACUGAUGCUGCAGGCCGCGCGGCGUUACGCGUGUGCGCUCGGCGAAGCGGCUGUCGCUAUGGCUGGCCGUGUAAGUGAUGGCGUCUAUGGCGUCUACGUGCAGAUUGCGCUGUGUGUGUCCGUCGUGGCUCACGCACCUCGCAUUGCGUAUGACGUCCUCGAAGGACUGCUGCACGGGUCAACGGGGGUCGCUGUGGUGCUCGGCGUGUGGAACGCCUGGUGCGGAUUCUCGCUGGUGACCACGAGGGUGAGCGGCGUGCUGCUGCUUUGUGGGCUUUACAGCCAUCUCGUACGACGCUGCCACGGGCGCGUGCCGACGAAGGCGCCGAAGAAGGUCGCAAGGUCGGGGUUGGGCGCUCUGCGUGAGCGCAAGGACGCGAGGGAGCGCGCAGAGAAGGCAAGUCUCAACAAGCUGCGUGGCGUACGUCGUCGGUCGGCGGUGGUACCGUCGAAGCCGGUGACGAACGGGCCGGAGGUGGCCGUGGUCGUCGACGAGGCGGACGGGCAAGGUCCGACGUGCCCCGCGACUGCGACGAGUGAGGACAAGGGCGAGGCUGGCCGAGGACGGCAGCCUGAAGUCGGGGAGAGUUGUCACGGGUCACGUCUGAGACCUCAACUGACAGCUUUCCUGACGAUGCUCGAAGGCGCGUUAGAGCAGGAAGAGGCGCGACUUCAAGAGGAGCAAGGGCAGGACGGGCUAGCAUAUUAAGUGUGAGUGGUUAUCCCUCUCUUCAAGGCAAAGAUGACGCGAGAUGGCGGGCUGGGCGCGGAACGUUCGGUCGCCAGCCGCCAAGGACGGGUGUCAUGGACGCCAGGAAGCUCGUGCACGGGAGGUGUGGCGUCCCCAAGUGGUUGCAGUAGGAAAGGAAGCGGGUCGGCGGGGUCGUUGAAAGCAAGAAACCCUUUGCAUUUUUACGAGAU